AUGGCUGUACUCCGACUGAAGGUCGUGGUCCAACCCCGAGAGCAGAUCUCUCCUCGGCCUGGCUUUUUCAGCUCCCUGAUUGGAGGGAGCAACCACAAUGAGCAGAGUCAGGACGAAACCAAUACACCCCGAAAGUGGCCGUCUUUCCUACUCUUGAUCCGCAAUCCGGACGAGACGUCGCUCGGAGACUUGGUGAACCUGAUUCAAGCCAAAUGGCGAUCACUGCGACCUAGUGAAGAACUCCUCCAAGUCAAAAAACUCCUGAACGACGCCGAUCCGGAGAUCGAUUAUGAAGUCCACGACACAGUUGCCGAUGUUUGGAUUGAUCACGGGAAGUUCGAAAGAGAAGGGUACGAUCAGUACGGCACCGUUCGCGUGGUUCAGAAGCCUCCGACAACGCCCCUCGCAUCCUCCCCGCAACGAUUUCCUUCGGUUGUUCAGGAUUGGGAUGGUGCCGCGCAAGAUGCAAGACGGCGAUCUCUCUUGGCAAAGAGUGCCAUCGGGAAGGUCUCUCCAAUCCUCGAAGGGGACGAGAUGGAGGAUGAGCCCGACAACAUCCCGCUUGAGUCGGUAGAAGAGGAUCAUGUUACGAUUCGACAGACUCCUUCAGUUACCCACCAUGCCAGCGAGGAGCUUGGCGAGGUCUCUCCCCGUGUUACGGAGUGUCCGGCUGCCUUCUUCGAGCAGGAAUCGCAGCCGCAAAAACGCAAGUACAGUCCUCAGCAGACUGAGCCGUCCAAGCGGCUUCGGAUUGAGCCUGAAAUCCAAGAUCCUUCUCCCAACGCGCGCCUCAGCUUGAACAUGACGGCCACGCCCAUCCAGAACCUGGCGAAUCAUAACAUCAUUCCCACAGAUCUGGCUUCCAGCCCAGCGUCCAUGCCGCCACCUCCUCUCCCGCAUGCUGCGUUCACGGCGCUCCAGAAGACUCCGGUGCCACAACACACACCCUCCUCCUUCAGAUCCGAUCACGCUACUCCUCCCAGUAGCCAGCCGACUAGCUCCCAGGGAGAGCGCUUUCACCUGUAUGUGAAGAGGGACCAGCAAGAGAUUCACAACCUCGAGGCUCUACUUCGGGAUCCAACGACGAAUCCUGAAGUCUGCCCGCUCUUGCAGGAAAUGCGUGAGAUCCAUGCAAAGAUCCAAAACCUCGAGCAAGGCGUGAGGACCAAUCAAACCCCAAGGAGUAUCAAAAAUCUUCGGAAGACGCUUUCGCGUCGCCGAAACCGCGUUGAAACGCACCGGAGCAAAGGCACGCUGCACAGACCUCAUGCUAACGGACAUGUGACCGGAAACAAGGCUGGGAACGUGACUGUGGGCGUCGCUACGGAGCCAGUCGAGGAUUCCCAGGUUCAGCCACCUCUUCCUACAGCUGGAACGACCAUUCCUCGCGAUGUAGCUUCCCCCGAGCUGUGGUAG